AUGGAUCUGGAAGAGAUUGCAAAAAAUGAAGAGAUUUCAUGGAGACAGAAAUCCAGGGUACAGUGGCUGAAACAAGGGGACAGAAACACCAAAUUCUUCCGUAGGGUGGCCAAUGCAAACAUGAGGUUUAACACCGUUGACAGACUCAACAUCAAUGGUACACAGAUGGAGGAUUUGAAUACAAUCAAGGCCGAGAUCCUAUCCUUUUAUCAGCAGCUAUACAAAGAGCCAGAGGAAUGGAGGCCAGAUUUCAACUAUCCACAUGCCUCUAAGAUCAAUGAAUCUGAGGUGCAGUGGUUACAAAGAGAGUUCGACGAACAGGAAAUUUUGGAGGGCCUUAGAGCAUGUGCAGCAGAUAAGGCCCCUGGUCCAGAUGGAUACACUAUGGGUUUCUUCCUCCAUUGUUGGGAGUUAGUGGGGGCAGGAGACUUGAAGGAUUACAUGCCAAUAAGCUUAAUAGGGAGUCUUUAUAAGAUUAUCUCUAAGGUCCUGACAGAGAGAUUGAAGAAGGUGAUUUAUAAGCUGGUGGAUGAGCAACAAAUGGCUUUUAUUAAAGGCAGACAAAUUAUGGAUGCAUCUCUAAUAGCUAAUGAAUGUGUGGACUCCACAAUCAAAGAGAAGAUCCCUGGCAUAUUGUGCAAACUAGACAUUGAAAAGGCUUUUGAUCACAUCAAUUGGAGUUUUCUUCUGAAGCUGCUCAAAGAUUUGGGCUUCGGAAUCAAGUGGAUCCAAUUUUGUAUUACAAAUGUCAGAUUCUCCAUCCUUAUCAAUGGAUCUCCCGAAGGAUUUUUCCCAUCUCAGAGGGGUUAA